GAUCAUAUGUAACCUUAACCGUUUGUAGAAUGUAAACAAAUAUGACAACUGUGAACUUUCUCUUAUCUUCCUAAUAUACUUAUAAUAAUUUUGUUUUAGUUUCUCCGUCAUUUCACUAAUGCCUUGGUGCAUUCAUUGGCUGUAUUUCAUUUUUUUUCUUAGCAUUCAACAUUGUGUGUUGGCUUUAGAAGAAAUUAGCAACUCAAAACCGAUCCCAUUAUGGUCAAGUCUCCAUUCUAAUUUUAAAAGAGAAGUUAAAGAAAACAGCACAUCCCAAAAUUUCACAGUGACUUCAAAUGCUGACGUUAAAGUGAUUUCAGAAACUGAUACCUUGCAUGAUUUGCCAAAUAAUUCGAGUAUUUCAGAUACUUAUAAUUCAACUCAUAAUGUGCCAUCUUGGAUGGUACCGAUUAAAAGUGGUGCCUUGCAAAGGACAGGCUUCGUCGUUUUAGGAUUUAUGAUCAUAAUUUUACUUUUUUUUGUUGUCAGAAGUGUCAGGAUGCACCACAAGAAGAGCAAGAGUCGGAAGUAUGGAGUGAUCACGUCCACUGACAUGGAGAUGGUUCCCCUCGACAAUGAUGAUGAAGAAGAGGAAGAAAUGACAUUGUUUGAUGUGAAGCAAAAGUUCCUUAAAUGAAUUGUUAAUGAGUGGCCAAGGAAAAAAGUUGCUUACUUAAUUAUUUUAUUUGUGAAUCAUAUUAAUUAUUUAGCUAUACAGAAAAAGUUCGACUAUCUGGAAUGCACAGGAAAUAGACAAAUUUUUUAUAUGUGGGCAUAUUUUAGCUCCAAAAAUCUCUAUUUUAACAAACACCAAAAGCAAAACAAAAAUAUUUUAAUCAACACUUAUAAAAAUUUAAUAAUGAUACAAAAGGGGAAACUGUAAUAGUUAUCCAUAAAAGCUUUUAAAAUUAUCUAUUUAAAAAAACUGAAAUUGAAAAAUAGGAUAGUAGUCCUGUAAUUUAUGAUGCAAUGCCAAAAUUUUUAGUGCUUCAUAUUACAAUAUUUACUUGAAAAAAAAUGACGUAACAUAAUUAAAACCUCUGAAAAACAAAAAUAUGUCUGUAUCGCUGCUCAUAGAAAAUAAUGGCAAUAAUGUGAAAAUGAACUAAAAUAUUUUAAAAGUUAAUAAGUAAGAAUUUUGGAGAACUUUUUUCCUAGAUUUUCGAGAAUUUGGUUACUUGAGCUUUCUGGUUAGUUGGAUUCUAGAUAGCAGGAUUUUUAUCAAAUUAUCAAUUGUUUUAAUCUUUUUUAUAGAAAGAAAAAAAGUCCUUUAAAUAGGCUUUAAUUUUAUUUGCCAUUUUGGUUUAGUAGAACCAUUUGAAUCAUCUACAUUUAUGAUAUUAUUAAGACUUUGUUUUGAUCACUUCUGUUUCCCCUUCAAUAAUUUAUUCCAAGAGUUUUACCACACAAGACAUAAUGUUUCUUUUGAAAUAAGACAUACACUAGAAACUUAACAAUUCCUUUUUCCAGAUUUGUAAGCUUUUUUUGUGUGCUAGAGGUUCUUCAAGGUGCAUAUCUAUAUUUUAAAAGUAUGCAGAUUAUUUCAUUUUCUUAACAAAUAUAAAAGUUUAAAUAGUAUCUAAAGGAAAUCAUUUAAAGUACUUGAACAAAUAUCCAACUCUACCAUGGUAUCGGUAUCAUAUAUAUAUAUAUAUAUAUAUAUAUAUAUAUAUAUAUACACACCCUAUNGGUUGACCCUAGGGUUAACUGAGUUGACCUCAACUGGAUCAGAAUCGCACUCUACUUUUUGUAAGCCCCCCUUUUUUUUGGUUAGCCACUCUGUUGGAAAUCUUCAAAUAUUUGAGGAAAUUUUAGUCAAACAUUCCUCAAUUAUAUGUUGAGAGUAUAUCUGUUUUACAUUUAGUAUUUUAUUGUUAAAAGCUGAAAAAAGAACGAAAGAAAGAAUAUUUUAAUAAAGUUUUUCAUUGUAA